GGUGAUGUGUAACUAGAAUUUUAUUUUUGUAUUAAUAUUUAAUUUAAUAAUUUGACAUGAAAAUUUAUCGUUCAGCUCUCUGAUUUCAAAGGAUUCUAAGCAAGACUACUUGUUAAAACGGUAUAAAGGCGACUCUUGAAAAACGAAAUGAAGAAAGUGAAGCGAGUCAGUGAUAUGGGGGCAGUGGGUCCACCGCCGACAGCCCCUCCAUCCUAUAUGGCUGAGCCUCAAUAUGCACCUAUACCGCAAAAUCAAAACUUUAAUGGAAGUAUAAAUCCUAAUUAUGGGUAUAAUCAACAAACUGCAAACCAACCAUUCGUGCCAUAUUCCGGUCAACCAAACUAUGGACAGCAGAGUCCUGCACAGUUUCAUCAAACGCCGUCUAAUCCAACGAUGUCUUCGCAAAUACCAAAUCAACAAAUUCCUGGUCCCCAAAAUAUGAAUAUUCCUCCACAAUUCUCAAUGUUUCAACAACCCUUGGUACAAGGAAUGGCAAUUCAGUAUAGUCAACAACUGGCAAACACAGGCAAAGCGAUGAUGAAUAGAGAAAUUGAAAAAUAUGUACCAGUGUCUACACUCAAGUAUUAUUUUGCAGUUGAUACAGCGUAUGUCCUUGCAAAAUUGAAAUUAUUGAUCUUUCCCUUUAUGCACAAGGAUUGGUCUGUGAAAUAUGAGCAAGAAACACCAGUGCAACCAAAGUAUGACAUAAACGCUCCUGAUCUAUAUCUACCUACAAUCUGCUAUAUAACAUAUUUGCUGUUGGCAAGUUUAUUAUUAGCAUUACAAAACAGAUUCAGUCCAGAAGUAAUUGGAAUUCAAGCAUCAAGUGCUUUAGCUUACUCUAUAUUCGAGAUAAUAAUCUACACUGCAACAUUAUAUAUAACAAAUAUUCAAACAUCUCUAAGGACACUCGACCUACUUGCUUAUUCUGGAUAUAAAUAUGUUACUAUUAUUUGGUGCUUGUUGGUUAGUUUAAUUUUCAAAAAGACAGGCUACUAUUUAAUGUUGCUGUAUUCCAGCUUGGCACUAGCAUUUUUUAUGGUACGAACCUUAAAAAUGUUGGUCCUUCAGGCACCUACUACCGCUACAGAUUUUUCUGGUCAACAAAUGGGUUAUGGAGCGAGUUAUAAUUCACCAUCCGAUGCAGGUGGGACUAAGAGACGCCUCUAUUUUCUGCUGUUUGUUGCCCUAACUCAACCUUUGCUGGUAUGGUGGCUCAGUUUUCACUUAUUGCCGUCAAGUGUUGAUAAUUUGUCAGAAAUAUGAACAAUCAUUUAUUUCAACAUAGCAUAUGAUAUUUUUGUAAGUAAUCAUGUUAAUCUAUUAAUUCUCAGAUAUGAUAAUUGAUGUUUAGAGUUCGGAAUUAAUAUAUUUUAUAUAUUUUUUAAAAUAGUUUUACUAUUCUUUUG